AUGCCGGAAGAUGCGAUCCAGCCGCACUGGUCCAGCGAAGGCUUCGGUCGGCGCAGCGUCCGUAGCUUGGUAUGGGGGCUGCUACACCCGCGUAAGGCGCUCAAGAGCUUGUGCAGCAUCCAGCUUCGCUUGAUGAGCCGGCUCGAGUUCAAUGAUGCAGGUAUGAUUGUCAGGCACGAGGAUACGUGGGGGAUGAGAGAGGCCAUCGAGGGUAUCCUGCCUUUUGCUUCCAUCAUCUACCCGCUCCACCGCCGCAUCGUGGGGACUCUCGUGUCGUUCUCCAUCGCCAAAGGCUUCAGCUUGCGCGACAGCAUCAUCUUCCGCAAGCCGCUGUCGAUCAGCGACGGCGAGCCCAAUGCGCCCCAUGGAAUCACCGCUUCGUCCUCUUCGGGUGAGAGCACGCCGCUCGCUCGCCAGCAGCUUGCGCAGAGCGUUACGAACGAAGCGCAUGGCCAGGGACAGGGACAAGACCCGCAUGUUGCGGCGCUUGCGCUGCUUGAUCGGUCGCAGUACAAAGGUCACAAUAAUCCUGAACAUUACCGCACGAUCUCUCGCUCGCGCAACGCGUCGCCGAGCCGCUACCGAUGGGGCAACAUUUCCGAGCGUAGUUUCCAGACUGGCACACGUUCGCGAGCCCGCUCGCUGAUUGGCGGUGUGCAAACUGGAGGUGGCGGCGGCACGACAACUACGAGCUCCGUUGCCGGCUCGAACGAUAAUCUCUCCCUGUGGUACGCCGGUCACCACCAUAUGCACAGCGGCAGCAGCAUCCUUGACCGCGAGCGGGACCGGGACCUGCCGCCGGACUCAUCGGCGCGCUACCGCGACCGCGUGGCGCGGCGUGCGGACGGCGGACGCACGACGAGCGCGCCGCCGUCGACGCUCGGCGACACGGCCCCCGUCGCGGACGUCGGUGUGGGCAUGCAGGCGAAUGCGCCGAGCUCGCUCGCUGGGCUCUGGAUGGACGAUUUCGGGCGUAAGGACAGGAUCCAAGGAGCAGACUAG